ACUCAAAACAACAAUCAAUUACACAAAAACAGCUCUCAUCAAAAUCAAGCCCCGUCGACCCAUCCCAUCCCCCUUUUUUUUUAUUCACAAACAGAAAGAAAGAAAACAAGAAAGAAGAUGAAGAUAACAGCUUUGCUAGUUCUUAAAUGCAACCCGGAAGGUUCUUCAUCGUCGUCGUCGUCAUCUUCUGAUCCAAUCAUAUUAGCUAACUCAAGUGACGUCAACCAUUUUGGUUUCUUUCAAAGAUCGAGUGCCAGAGAAUUCAUUGUUUUCGUUGGCCGUACCGUCGCUAAACGCACUCCUCCUUCUCAACGUCAAUCUGUUCAACACGAAGAUUAUAAGGUGCAUUCAUAUAAUAGAAACGGUCUUUGUGCUUUGGGAUUUAUGGAUGAUCAUUAUCCUGUUCGCAGUGCGUUUUCUCUUUUAAACCAAGUGUUAGAUGAAUACCAAAAGAAAUUUGGUGAUUCAUGGAAAUCUGUGCAAGCUGAUUCCAAUCAACCAUGGCCUUAUUUAGAUGAAGCUUUGACCAGAUUUCAGGAUCCUGCCCAGGCAGACAAGCUGCUGAAAAUUCAAAGGGAGUUAGAUGAAACAAAAAUUAUACUGCACAAGACUAUCGAUAGUGUCCUUGAAAGAGGUGAAAAGCUGGACAGUUUAGUUGCGAAAAGUUCAGACCUCAGUACAGCUUCACAGAUGUUCUACAAACAGGCAAAGAAAACGAACCAAUGCUGCACGAUAUUGUAAAGAAAGAAUUGGCUGCAAAUUUUAAUUUGGUUGGUGUCGGUUUGUCAUUUAUACCGUUGCAAGGUUAAUGUUUCACACUUACAACUUCCCUCCCAGGUCGUUUCUUGGGAUUGAAUAGGGCAUGAAUGAUGAAUCUUCGAUGUUCCCAUGAUAUAUGUUUGAAAUUGUUUGUAAUAUAUAUUGUUUGAUUAUCGUAAAUUAUCAUAAAGAAACCCCCGUUAACAGACAAA